UACCAAGGCAGCCUCGACUCGCUCACCUCGCUAUCCACUUUGUGCUGCUCGCAUUUGGCAGCUACUUGUCCAGAUCCUGCCAUAUUCACCAUGGCGGAGCCGCAGACGGUGACGGGCGACGCUUACGUCCUGAGUCUGGCCCGCUUCAUACGCUCACACGAGACGGCCCUCUCAGGCAGCGUACCAGCAUCCACUGCAGGUCCCAGUUGGCUACCCACGUUGGGACCGGCCAAGACAAAGGCAGCCGGACCAUCGAGGAUCAUUCCGCCGAAGCCCCUCUCCAUCUCCUUACACCAUCUUUCAUAUAUUCUGCUGCGCUUCGAGGCUCUGAAUCUGCCCAUCGGGAGGCUAGAUGAGCCCUUACCCAGUGCCCUGAGGGACAGGAGACCUCAGAGCACCUUUUCCUUCAUCUCUGCCUCGGAGCAGCGCAACAUCGCCAACAGGGCCAAUCGAGGAGGCGCACUCGAUCCAGAGACGAUGAGCCUGGGAAGCGUACGGAGUGCCCUCACUCGCAUGUCCAUCGGCGCAGCAUCCACCGCGUCCUGGUUUGGUGGAUCAGGUUCGGCAGCUCGGCCCCCGGAUCCAGACCGCGAGGUCAAGUACCUCUACUCGGCGUUCACCAAGCUGCCGGCAGUGAACGUCAUACAGCCUGAGGCCAGUGGUCUCGUAGAAGGCUUCGAAGACGCAGCAACCCCUACGACGCUCACUCCGUUCGAUGUCUUCAAGAAUCUGCACCUCCUGAGCUUCACUGACGUUGAUCCUCGGACCAUCACAGGCUGGGAGAGACUGAGUUGCCAAUUGAAGAGUUUGACUCUGAUCAGGACGGGAAUAGAAGACGUAGAAGAGCUAAUAGUGGGGCAGGUCUUAGCAGAGCUGAUAGAUCAAGACAAGGAGCAGCCCGGAGCCGCCAAUGGCCACGGAUUAGGGAAAGCCUCAGCCUCGUCUUCGUCACAUGCCGAAAACGACCAGGGGGACGAACCGUCGGCAACCCUCCAAAAGCUACCUUCACUCUCAUGGCACUUCCUCUCCUCGCUAUGUCUCCCUUCUUCCUCCCUCACAUUCUUUCCCUCUCUCCCUCUUCCCUCCUUGCGGUCCUUGGAUCUAUCCCACAAUCUGCUCAACUCCAUUCCGCCUUCGCUGGCCAAUUCUCCCCAUCUUGCAAGUCUGGAUCUGACUGGAAAUCUGAUCGAGGAUUGUCGUGGAGCUCGAGAAGCCUUACCCUCCAUCCGGACGCUCAAUCUGCGGAGCAAUCGCCUCGAGGCACUCUCCGGUCUCGACUCCCUCUACACCCUAAAGCAAAUCGACCUGCGAGCAAAUGCAGUCUACGAAGCGUCCGAAGUGGGAAGGCUGGCUCAAUUACCAGCACUGGAGAAGAUCUGGAUCAAGGAUAACCCGCUGAUGGACGAGUAUCUCGACCAUCGCGUGGAGGUUCUCGUCGAGUUCGCCAAAGAGGGCUGGCCGAUGGAGGGACAGGGGACAAUCAUCCUCGAUGGCGAAGCGCCUGGGUAUUGGGAGAAAGGUCGGGUCAGUGAGAAGCUACCACUUGGUAUGAAGCUCGCUCCGCCAGGCACAAGGAGAAGGCGGAGAACAGCCAGUCUAUCAGGACAGCACUCCAUCUCCUCGGGGAGCAGAGGCAGUAGAGGCAGUACUCCCCGCGCAGAGGAGAAUGUCGUACCUUGGGCGCCAACACAUGAGGGUGGAGCGCAGGUUCUGUCGGUGAAGCACAAAGGACAGCAUGGAGGAGCGAGCAGCCAGAAGAACGUCGCUGUAGGCGAGCCCGUCAGGAAAGGCAAAUAUGAAUCCGGGCACAGCACAUCGUCAGAGCUGGAUGGAGCUGGGCUGAAAGCCGAAGAAAGCGCAAGUCGAGAACCAUCUCCCUCAGCCAACCCUCGCGGGUCCGGUCGCCAUGCAAGCGAAAAGAAGCGGCACAGACGCGUAGUCAAUCUGGAUGACGAUGGCAGUAGCAGUAGCAAUGGCAAAGCAUCAGCGGCGACAAAGGUCCCCGAGGAGCUCAGUGAAGCCGAGAAGCUGAAGCGCGAGGUCCUUUUCGGUUCACACGAUCGGAGCGUGGCCGCGGGCAAGGGCUCUUCAGGUCUGUAUGCGUCGAGGGCGACGAGUGGAACAGCUAAGGCUGGGAAGGCUGCUACGCCCUCAAGCAGCCGGACUGCAUCUCCUCAUAGCCUUCCAGACAUAAGUAACGCCGCUUUGCGGGCUGAUAAAGCUGCGUACGCCGAUGAACCUUCCAAGGAAACCUCCAGGGCGUUGAAUUCAGCGGACGGAGCGACAGAAGACUCCUCCGCCCCACUGCAAGCCGUCACACGGUCACGCGCCCGUCCGAGCAAAGCUAAAGCCAAAGGCAAAGCCUCAUCUGCAGCGAUAGACGACGAAGCACAUGGCGAAGGAGCAAGUCAGGACGAUCGACGGAAGUCCCAGGUACAGACUGCGGCUGAUCUCCGUGCGAGGAUUGAGGGACUGAAGAAGGAGGUGGGAGAGGAUUGGAUGAGGGUCUUGAGUAGGGGUGAGGGAUGACACGCGAGGUUGAAGGCGUCGGGCGUGGGCCCUGUUUGCGGUAGCUGUCAUUCCACUGCAACACAACUUCUGUCAGAGCCUCGAUGUCAUCGCCUGCAGGCUCUAGCUUCUACCUCGCCUCACUUGCUAUCAGAUGAGCGUCUCUCAAUCAGGAGCCUCGCACGAGCGAUUCCUUCCGUCCCGACGAACCUCCCGCCCCCGUGCUUACGUAACCCUCC